AUGGCAAGUGAUCAAGUCAGAAUGGUUUUGAUAGAUCAAGAAGAAAAGAUAAAGAAGAUGGAAGACAAUGCUAAAGAUAACACAAAGCUUUUUGAUGUCAUGCAACGAGAAAUCUCUGAGUUAAACAAAAAGUUAGCAAAUAUGAACGACAUCAAUCAAACGUUGAAUCAAAUGAUUAGUGAUCUUCAUGAAGCAUCAGGAAAUGAAAUGAGAGCAAUAAAGCUGGAAAUAGAAGCCAUGAAGGCUGAGAAAGUAAUGAAAGACAAUCAGCUCAACAUGCUGUAUGCUGUCAUUGAAAGUCACUUAAAGAUUGAUGUUCAUACGGCGUUCAAUGAAAUCGAAGUAAAAAGAGUUGAAGAGCGAAGAAUCGAAAGAGAAAGGAGACUGGCUGAAGAAGCCACACAAAAGAACAAAAGUGUUAUUGAGGAAACUCAACAAGCUGGUGGGUCUUCAUGUCAAACUGAUGUUGAAAUGACUGAAGCUGAAGCAGAUCCUAUGGGAUUCGUGCUAGUUGAAAUAAAGGCGAAAGAAGCACUGUUGUUGAAGUGGAGAGAGGAGGAAGAAGUACAGGAAGAGACUCCAAACUUUGUUCUUAUUGGUAAACCAUCCACAGUACAUUAUAGCCUUCAGGAGAUUGUUUGCAGAGUAAAGAUUGAUGAAAGACGUAAAGAGGCUAAGAGGGCUCGUGGAGAAAUUGUUGAUAGUGAUUCUGAUUUGGAAAUUAUUCGUGAUGAAGAUGAAGAAGAAGAAGAAGAAGAAGAAGAAAAAGAUAAGUCUAAUAAGGAAGAUAAGAAAGAUGAUAAAGAUGAUAUUGAUGACAAGAAGAAUGAUGAUGAUCAUGGGUCGUCUGGGUUGCUAGUUGAGAACCCCAAUGUUCAACAGAGGAUUGAAGACUUUUUAAAUGAUGAAAUUAAUGAGCAAGAGGAUGAUCUACAUCAUAAAGCCUCUACAUCUAGUAAACAACAUGUGGAUCAGGUAUUCCUCACAAACACUACUGUGAUUUAUUUGAAUGCUCAACAUGAGGGGGAGAUUGAGGUUCAGAGGUCAAGGGCAGAAAUGUUAGAAGAGUUGGGUUUGGAAGAUGGAAAAUUCAAGUUUGACAUUGAGGAUGGGAUACCUCAGUCACCAGAAAAGGAAUUUGAGUCUAGGUAUGCUCAUGAAGCUGAUCAUUACAACGAUGUUAUUGUUGAAGACGCUUCAGAUUCCUCUGAUGAAGAAACUGAUUUUCACUAUUCUGGAGUUGAUGAGACAUUUCCUUCUUUUGUGGAAAUGUUCAAAGAUCGAAAUGAAGAUGAGAUAAGAAGAAAGAUUGUGGAAAAAGUUUCAAAUGAAGGUGUUCCAGAAACUAUCCCAAGAGAAAGAUUAGCUAAAGAAAGGAAAAAGUGGUUCAAAGUAAUACCGAAAGAGAGGAAGACUCUUAGGGCACUUUAG